AUGGUUGAUCUCACGGCCCAGAAUUCAAGUCUAGUAUUUGCAGGCAUUGGCUGCUUUGAAGUUGGGACGUUUAGCAUGGUUGUCGAUACCAGGCGCAAGACAGUGGACAGAGGUCGGCUCUUUCAGCACAAGAAGGUUCCUGCUGGCAACCAACGUCCGGCAGAGUGGAUGUUCACGGUCAAAGGGAUUCUCUUCACGCCCGAAGGAAGAGAUUCUCUGGAAGUUGUUGAUAUCUGCACUCUCAAUAUCCACGGUUUGCUUUACAGAGAUCGCGCGGGUCUGCGCGACACCUCGAUAUCAUUGAAAUUGGGCCGAGUUCAUAUACCAUACGACGACCUAUUGAGAUGCAAGGCUCAAACGGAGCGGUAUCGGAAAGAGGCUCAUCUGCAACAAAUGGAGACGCACAAUGGCGACAUCACCUUCACCGACGUAAUAGAAGAGCUGGAUAGGCCGGGAAGCCGGGAAGCAAAUAUAGUACAGACGGUCUCCGAUUCGAAGGAAUUUGUCAGCUCCAUCUUGCGAGGCAUUCAAGAGAUUCAGAUGGCGGUCAGCUUUGUGGGUAUGACGAAAGAGUUCCAUUCAAUGCAGCCAAAUGGAUCCCCUCUAUAUCUCAAUGUAGCCAUGAACGAAUUUGGCAUCGACAUGCAUCGCCUUGACCCUAAGAGCCCUGCGCAUCGAAUGUAUUUUUCAUCAAAGGAUAUUGCACAUCAAGCAUUGCUCGCUGCAAUCUCCAUCGCAGUGAGCCUCGACGACGGCAAUGAGAAACCGGAAAGAAUCCUGUACGUACCAAUGGCUACAACGACGGUCAAGACAACUCUGCCUUCGAAGACUGUGGCUUUCUCCGAAGACAAUAACGCAGCCGAGCGCAACGCAAAUAUCCUCUUUGCCAAUGUUGUAGUAACUUCGCCUUCGAUUGAUCUUGAUCCGAAACACAUGCCCUUGGUCCUUGCGCUCAUUCACAGCCUUAGGGAGGAACCCUCCGAAUCGCCAGCUACUCAUGGCCGAUCACAACGACUCCUAUCACGACUCUUGCCGAAGGCUAACAUCAAAUUCUCUGUUCACGAACCCGUGAUGAGAGUGGCGCUACCGCCAGCUGAUCCCAAGCUUAAAGGGUCUGAUGAAUACGACCUGAUCAUCCUGUCUGUCUCCUCGAUAUCGCUGGAUGUCGAGUCAUCGCAUUUCACGGCGGGCGAGUUGCACUACGCGCUUACGUCAAAUCUGCGUAUCGCCUCGAACCAACUGUACUACCACACAGCAUCUGGCGAACGCCAUGAAUUACUGGGUAUUGACGCUCUCGAGCUCAAAAUCCAACUAAACGCUUCGCCAGAAAUUUCCGUUGUUGCGACAGGCAAUAUUCAGACCUUUUCCGUCCAUAUGGUGCGAUCUGAAAUCAGUGCUGGCGUACGCCAAAUAUUUCAACAGCUAAGCACAGACCGCGACGCUCAAACAAGAUCGACCAAUACUCCUUCAAUGGGUCCCGAAUUCCUAAGGUCCUUGCCAUUUUGGCUUGUCCAAUUUUCUCUCCAGGGCUCCAAUUUCGGCGUCGAGGUGGCUGGUGUCGAUGCUGAGGUCUCGACGGAUACGCGUGGUGUCGCUCUUCAGCUUGAGUCUUGGACUGCCGAAUAUAAGAUCCAGAGGUCUUCACCUGAUGAAAGACCACCAUCUAGGCGUCACGGAAGCAUUAAGCCCACGAUCACGGACGAUCCUGUAAUCAAAGUAACGCCUCCGCCAAGUACGAGUGGGGUUUUGCCGAGUAGCACGGAUGGCAGACGGUUGGCAGUACAUGUUCGAGGUUUCGAGGGGUUUGUGGUUGAGGACAUUGACGUCGUCGAGACGGAGUCUUUCAUCUCUCUCCCUCGGUUCGAAGUUGCAUUCACUACAUUAAGCGAUGCCCAAGGACCUAUAUUUCACAUCAAUUCCCACACCAAGGCACUGUACCUGCAAUAUUCGUUGUAUCGCUAUUAUGCAAUUGGCGUGGCGACUGGAGUACUUCGAAAAGCAUUCGCUAGCGACAAGGAAGCCAGUCAUACACCGCCCGAUCUUACUUCCCCACAGGCGACGUCUGGAAGCUCUAUACCUCCACACAGCCCCAGUCGGAAGGCCGUUCAAGGACUCGUCACGGUCGACGUUAGAGCUGGACUGCUUCAGGUCAAAGCGACUAUGCCAUCAGAUCCUCCAAUGAUGCUCCAAAUAUACCGUAUGGAAGCUGGGCGACAUAGAUGGGCAAUGCCUUUCAUGAAAGCAGAGAUGGUGCGUCUUUAUGUCGAAGCCCCUCGGAUCAUUUCGGCCUGGGCAAGGAUUACUAGCAUCAGAAAUCUGCGAGUCGAUCUUCGAGAGAACCGCAGAAAGCGGGGAGGAGCAGUCAUUCAGGAAAAAUCCAUCGAUGUAGCUAUGGACUUCAUAAGGCUUGCGGUCCCACAUCAGCUUGUCCCACACAAAAUCUUCGAUAAUUUUGCAAACGCUUUGAAAGCGAGUGAACAAUUACACCAUCGCUUCAAGACAGGAAGUGACGAGUAUGUUCUCAAGAAAAGACCAGAACAACCAAAACAGGUGCCGAGAAUAUCCAUUCGAAGCAAAGCAUUACUUUUUGAUGUUGAAGAUGGAGCGUUUGACUGGAAGCUCGGGACGAUCUAUCGCACUGGUUUGAUAGAGCAAAAGCAGCGCCUUGCCCGCGAAGAGGCCUUUCUCGCCAAAGUCAACAAUUUGGAAAACCAUCAUCACAAUCGAGCCUCGUCACGUUACCGUCCACAGCGUCAUCCGUCGCAAGAGCGCGGCAGGGGCAAGCAUUCUCCCCCGCAAGAAGCUCGACGGCGGAGCCGAAGCGUGAAGUCACGUUCUCGCCAUCGUUCGGCCUCUCCUCCAUCUACUCAAUCACGUCGAAUGCGAUAUGAUCGCGAUGGAAGAUGUACACUUACGAAGGACGCCAAAAUUUCAGCCAAGGAAGCGGAGUACAAACUCCAGAAACACAACUCUGAAAGUUGGAAAAACCGUAUUGAUGUUGCGUAUCAUAUCCAGAACGCUGGAAUGCGAAGGAUCCGAGGUAUAUUCUUCGGCAACCACGACAUCCCUGAAAACGACGAGGAGGCUGAAAGCAUACUUGCCAUGCCAGAACGGCCAGGUCUGAUGUCCACACUGAUCAGUGAUCUGCAUAUCGUUGUUGACAAGCCUUCGUUUCCAAUCAAGGAUUAUCCGCAAUUCCUUCACAGAGUCGGCAAAGGGAUGCCCUACGAUAUGGAGUACUGCUUGCUAAUUCCGCUCAAUGUCCAGAUCGAUAUGGGUGAAGCUCGUGUCACUCUACGGGAUUAUCCUCUACCAUUACUUCAUGUACCUGCUAUUAGGCCAGGACAAUCACCACGAUUGCCCAGUUGGUCGUUGAAGACGGAUUUUGUUAUUGCCGAGGAAUACCGGGGUGCUGUGUCUACAAAGCAAGUCAAAGUCGAAGUCAUUCCACCCAGAAAAUUUUCAGGGUCGGAAUCCGGCAGCGGGUUUGCAAUUAAUGUUCGCAGAACAGUUUCUCCUGUCAAAACGUACUCGGAUGUGGCUAUUGCAAUCAACACGAGCGCCCCCACGAGCAUUACCUGGGGAGCAUCAUACCAGCCGGCUAUACAGGAUAUGAUGAUGGUAAUAGAGGGUUUCACCAAACCACAAGUAGAUCCCUCCGACCGGACAGGCUUUUGGGAUAAGAUCCGUCUCAGCGCGCAUUCCCGGGUCAAUGUUGCCUGGAAGGGUGACGGGGAUGUUCGCCUACAAUUGAAAGGUACUCGGGAUCCGUACCGGGUCACUGGUAACGGUGCAGGUUUCGUCAUGUGCUGGCGCAACAAUGUACGCUGGUCCAUUCAUAAGGACGAUGAUCCUAAAAGGUUCAUGACUGUCGACAGCGAUGACUAUGUUUUGGCAAUCCCGGAUUAUAGUCAUCAAGCUCGAGAAACAAGUUAUACAUUCGGUAGAGAAGGGCCAAAAACAUCAAGCACGUCGAGCACAAGCAGUACAAGGAACACUACAAUGUUCAAAAAGGUUGUUAUGAAGCUCUCGGGCAACGUACGCUGGCUUGCGGGUCUGGUUUUCGAAAGAGACCUGGCUCAAGGAGGUCGAUCCUUCGACUUCACACCGCAUUACAACGUUACGUUGAGGACCCCUCAACAUGCAAAAGCUCUGCCGGGACAGGUCUACGAUGCUUUUAAAGGCUUUCGAAGUAAUCACAUCCAUCUAUCUAUUGCAGUGGUUGCUCCCCUCAAUCGCGACUGGACGACCAAGAACAUCAAACCAUCCAUGAGCUACAACGCAGUACAUAUGAGCCCUCGCUUUUUCACACACUUCUUUGAUUGGUGGUCGAUGUUCUCUGGAGUCAUGGCUUUGCCCAUUCGGCAAGGUAAGCUCUUUCCAGGAAUCGAGAAAACGAGCAAGAAGUUCGGACGCCACCUUGCGACGAUCAAGUACAACCUUCUGCUUUCACCACUCUUCAUCGCUCAUAUCUACAAACACAAGGAUGUCGAAGAUUAUUCCGAGGCACUUGUUUCCGCCACCGGUCUAAAGCUUAGACUCGACAGCUUUAUGUUGGAUCUACACCAAAGGCGAGAGGAGUGGGCAGCUCAGGGCAGAGGUAAAGCUAAGCAGAUGAAAGCAACCGGCAUGAGAAUCAACCAAGCUCAGCUGGACUUUAUCUCCGCUGACAUUCGGGCUGUAUCUGCCAGCAUUGCCGGCACGACCACGGACGACUUGAAACGAGCCACACCGGAAGACCUAGCAGCUUACCAGCAGUCAACAGCUUCAGCUGACAUAUCUCGCUUUACCAUUCCGGACAAUGACUUUUUCUGGAUUGACAUGGAUGACUUCGUCGAAAUCGAUUGGAUCUUGCCGGCCGAGACGAAUCCAGAGACAAAGAUCUUGCCUUUAGCUUUUGCGCCACGCUUUACUUAUUUCCGACAGACUGAUACUCAGACUUCCAAGUCUGCAGAUGGCGACAGCGCAAGUCCCUUCGGUGACGAACCCACCCAUUUUUGUGUCAUGUCUCAGGAUAACGACCCUCGCAAAGUACAGUGUCAGCUGAUUGAAGAGCGCCUUGUACAACUCGAUGAACAAUUGGAAAUGCAUGAGAGAACGUUAGGCGAGCAAGAGCUUCGUGUUGUCCGGGAUUCAUAUCGAGAUUCGAGUCUAAAAGAGCGCUACGAAAUGCUCAGCGACCAGGGUAGGAAACUCAAAGGCAAAAAGGAUUCCCUACAGAAAACGCUCGCACGGCUGAACCGUGCCAUCGAUGAAGGCAGGCCCUGGAUCUCAGCAGCUGGUGACACUGCUGGCCUAGACCUAGCAGGUGAGGGGUCAGAAGAUGAAGCGGAUACUGAAGCCGAGGGAAUUGAAGCCACACCUCAUUCAGGACCUACCAGUGACUUCAAUAACCGCUUCAUCAUACACAAUGCGCAGCUGAAAUGGAACAACUCGCUUCGGAACAUCAUUCUCCGCUACGUACACCAAGUCAGUCAACGGCGAGGGUUCAUUUACUACAUGUCACAGAAAGCCGUCAAGUUCAUCUUAGACAUUGUCAGAGAGCAGCAUAAGAAUAAGAGAAAACAUACACAACAAAACGAUUCUGACUCGACAGAUUCAGAAGCCUUUGCAGCCGUCUCGACGGAAGAAGAAAAGAGUGCUGGCUCCAGCGUCGAAGACCUCAUCCAAGAUCUGCUCAGCGAUAGCAAUAAAACCGUCGACGCUGAUGAUCCUAAGCAAACAGCAGAGCCGCAAAAUUCAAACACGGAUAACCUCGGGAAGGAUAUUUCAGAAGAAUACAUACCGCAAAACACUUAUCAUGUUCGCUUGAUCGCACCACAAUUCCAAUUGCAGAGCGAGAAGAACUCCAAAUCCGUGCUAUUAGUCACAGCCAAAAGCAUGCAAUUAAAAGUGGUCCAAAUCAUGGACAAGGAUCGCAUAGCGGAUGAUGUCAGUGGGCUCGUGCAGCGCAGAUUUUCUGUGGAUAUGGAUAGUGUACAGUUCUUUGUCACGACCCAAAAGGUCUUGUCCCAGUUUCUUCAUAUAUACUCUGGCAAUCGCUACGGUACCCCCAAAGGCUCUGCGUGGCCACCCUGGGUAGCGUUCGAGACCAAUUUCGAUUUCGAAUACGACCCCUUCGGAUGGUCGCGAGUAGUGCAGAGAACCUCUGCGAGUCUUCGCUACGACAAGUACAAUACCCUUCGACUGAAGUACAACGACGAGGUUAGCAGUGGGAAAAUGGGACAGAAAAACAAGCCAGAGAACAUGGAAAGCCGCAUCGACCACUUGUGGGUUGACUUCCCACACAUUCGGGCAAUCUGCGACUCUGUCGAAUAUUUCACAAUGUAUGUGAUAGUGUUUGAUCUAUUGCUAUACAACGAGCCGUUGGAAAAGGUCCGCAGUGAAAAGCUUGAAAGGAUCAUGUUGGCCUCUGACUUUAGUGAUCUCAGCGGUGCGCCCAAAAUGGUGUCUAGUCUUCAAGCUCGAAUACGCCAAUUGGAGGAGAUCAAAACACAAUUUCAGAUUAACGCGAAGUACCUUGACAAACAAGGUUGGGAAGACCGUAUGGCUAUCGAGCACGAUUUAGCGAGCUGCGAGGACGAGCUCUUCUUCAUGAUGAAGGCCAUUACCACAUCGCAACGCAAAUUUGACGAUCGUACUCAGGCCUCACAGACAACUGGGCUGCUGCGUUGGUACCUUUCCGCUUCAGAAAUUGUCUGGCAUUUGAUGAGAGAAAAGGACGUCCCUUUAAUGGAGAUUCAACUAAACAAAGCGGCCUACGACAGGACGGACAAUAGCGAUGGUUCCAACCACAAUUCGAUGCAGAUCGAGCGUAUACAUGGACUCAAUCUCUUGCCCGGUGCUCUAUACCCUGAGAUGCUGGGUCCAUAUUUGGAAAGUGGUAGGAAAUUUGUCCAUGGUCAAGAUCCCAAGAUGCUCAAGGUCAAUUGGCACAGCCUUGAGCCCAUUGCUGGCAUACCGGUCUUAGAUCAAUUCGAGGUAGACCUUUUCCCACUGAAAGUUCAGCUUGAGAGAGAAGUGGGUCAGAAACUUUUUGAAUAUAUCUUUCCGGGAUUGGAUAAGAAUGGUAGUGACAAAUCGCCGUUUAUUGUCAAGCAUACGCUCCAUGCAGGGGAUGCGGAAGAGGACUCCGAUGCUGAGACCUUGUCCAGCAUCCCAGACACGCCGAGACUCGAAGUCAAUGGCUCCAAUGACGACCAACCAUCGACCAGAGCAGCAUCCCUAGACAUGAGACUCAGAGCUACCAGGGCGUUUCCACAGAAAGAGAGUCAUUCCAGUUCCUCUAGUAAGACCAACGGGGAAACCCACCAUUUCAAAUUAUUCCACCACUCGAACCACUCCAGUCGUUCGCAGAAUGCAUCAAGGCCAUCUCUAGUGCGUAAGAGUUCCAAGAAACCGUCACAAGAGUCUUUAGCAGUAAUGCGCCAAUCUAAGGAUGGGUCUUCGACAAAUUUAUCCGCGAUGAACGGCAACCCAGAGAAGCAUAAAAGAUUCACCCUCAAUCGUUCGACGAGCCAAGCUACUACAACAGACAAAACUAAACCUUCUGAUGAUCUCUCUCAAAUGCUGUCACGAGCUUCAAACUACAUGACUCUCGCGUACGUGAAGAUCCCUAGCGUUGUUCUUUGCCUCAGUUACAAGGGCAAAGGCGAACGAAACAUUGAAGACGUCCACAACUUCGUCUUCCGCAUGCCAGUCCUUGAGUAUCGAAAUAAGACCUGGUCAAACCUUGACCUCGCUUUACGACUCAAGAAAGAUGUUAUCAGGGCACUCAUCUCGCACACAGGCGCCAUCAUCGGCAACAAGCUCUCUCAUCAUCGGCCAGGCAAAAGCCAACAGGGCCGCCUCCGCGAGCUUGCAAACUCCUCAUCUAUGCUACCAAAUAGCAACACUCUCAAGAACAGCCUCUCGAGCGAGACAAGCAGUAUAAGGGAUCAAAGCCCCCAAGACGACACUGAUGACUCCUCCCGGGCAACCUUGACAUCCAAUCCGAGCAAUCAGUUGGCGAGAAAAGACUCGUUUACGCAGAGCUUACGGCAUUCCGCUCUCCACAAUGGACUGCAUGGUGAACCGCCCUCGAUACCAGAGUCCGAGGCUGAGGGUGAAGAUAAUGCACUGAACAAAAUGCGGCACACCCUGAUCCGGCGGUUCACCACAGACACUCACAAACUUCGACGUAAGGAUGCGGAUGGUGAGGACCCAGAUGAAAGCACACGCAAGAAAAGCGUGCAACUCCUGGGCAAGAGAAUCUUGGGAUCCUUGAACCAAUGA